AUGUCUCCUCUGUGUAGGCGGAUUCGACCACCAUUGAAUAAACAUCUUCUCCUAACAUUCUUUUUUCUUUGGUUAACUGGGAUAUUUGGAAACCAGCUUUUAUUUCUAAUUGGUCUUGGAUACACAAAUCCAACUUUUGCUGCUGCCAUACAACCUACCAUUCCAGUAUUUACAUUCAUCUUGGCAGUCCUAAUGGGUACAGAACGAGUGAACUUGCUCAGGACUGAAGGUCAGGCGAAGAUUGGAGGCACUCUCAUUUGUGUUUCUGGUGCUGUAUUUAUGUGUUUCUACCGUGGUCGAGCUUUGAUAGGAAAUAUGGAGCCUGAAUUUUCAGCACAAAGUGAAAUAAUUGCCAGAGGUCAACCUGAACCUGUGGGAUGGCUAAUGUCUAGUUUUUUAGAGUUUGGGCUUGAUCAUUUUCACCUUGGAGUUUUGUGCUUAAUUGGAAAAUGCAUGUGCAUGGCUGCAUUUCUGGCCAUUCAGGGCACUAUUGUAUCUGCACUUAAUUAUGGACUUCUGACAUGGUGCAAUAAGAUCUUGGGGCCUGCUUUGGUUGCUACAUACAAUCCACUUCAACCUGCUACUUCUGCCUUCUUGUCCAGAAUUUUCCUUGGGAGCCCUAUCUAUUUGGGAAGGUUGAUGCUGCUCUUAUACUCCUUGGUAACAUGAUUUCAAGGGAUCUUAUAAAUAUGUUGGUUGUACCCCAAGAUGUCUGGGACCUCAGGUUAUUCAAACAAAUUCCAUCAAUCCUACACAAGAAGGAUCUUGGAAGCAUGAAGCAUAUUUGUUGUUUCCAGUUCAUUUGGAUGGAACAUUGUUGGACAAUGCUAACACUAUGAAUGCUAAAAAGGAGUUAUUCUCAACCACUAAUGUUCUUCAUAUAUUU